GGGGAAGUCAAGAGCGUGAGGCUGUGAUCUUGGGGGCUUGGUUGGCAGGGGCAGAGAGAGGAGGCGUGCAAAACUUGGCCCACAGGACCCUCAGACCGUCUCCAAAUACAACCUCCGCGUGACAGGAAUGAGGAGCCUCCAAGGCCAUGGCCUCCGUAGGAGCGACCCCAGGCAGGACGCCGCAGGGACCGGGACCUGGGGAGGCCUCGGCCAGCUUCCCUAGCUCGGCCCCAGUGCCGGACCCCCGGGAGGCCGAGGAGGAGGAAGAGGAGGAGCCCGCGGAGAUUCAUCUGUGUGUGCUGUGGAACUCAGGAUACCUGGGCAUUGCCUACUAUGACACUAGUGACUCCACCAUCUACUUUAUGCCAGAUGCCCCAGACCACGAGAGCCUCAGGCUGCUCCAGAGAGUUCUGGAUGAAAUCAAUCCCCAGUCUGUUGUCACGAGUGCCAAACAGGAUGAGAAUAUGACUCGGUUUCUGGGGAAGCUUGCCUCCCAAGAGCACAGAGAGCCUAAGAGACCUGAAAUCAUAUAUUUGCCAAGUGUGGAUUUUGGCCUGGAGAUAAGCAAACAGCGCCUCCUUUCUGGAAACUACUCCUUCAUCCCAGACUCCAUGACUGCCACUGAGAAAAUCCUCUUCCUCUCCUCCAUCAUCCCCUUUGACUGCCUCCUCACGGUUCGAGCACUUGGAGGGCUGCUGAAGUUCAUGGGUCGAAGAAGAAUCGGGGUUGAACUGGAAGACUAUAACGUCAGCGUCCCCAUCCUAGGCUUUAAGAAAUUUGUGUUGACCCAUCUGGUGAGCAUAGAUCAAGACACUUACAGUGUUCUGCAGAUAUUUAAGAGUGAGCCUCACCCCUCAGUGUACAAAGUGGCCAGUGGACUCAAGGAGGGGCUCAGCCUCUUUGGAAUCCUCAACAGAUGCCGCUGUAAGUGGGGAGAGAAACUGCUCAGGCUAUGGUUCACACGUCCAACCCAGGACCUGGGGGAACUAAAUUCCCGUCUGGAUGUCAUUCAGUUUUUCCUGUUACCCCAGAAUCUGGACAUGGCUCAGAUGCUGCAUCGAUUGCUGGGUCACAUCAAGAACGUACCUCUGAUUCUUAAACGCAUGAAGUUGUCCCACACCAAGGUCAGUGACUGGCAGGUUCUCUACAAGACAGUGUACAGUGCCCUGGGCCUGAGGGAUGCUUGCCGCUCCCUGCCCCAGUCCAUUCAGCUCUUUCGGGACAUUGCCCAAGAGUUCUCUGAUGACCUACACCACAUUGCCAGCCUCAUUGGGAAAGUGGUGGACUUUGAGGGCAGUCUUGCUGAAAAUCGCUUUACAGUCCUCCCCAACAUAGAUCCUGAAAUUGAUGAGAAAAAACGAAGGCUGACAGGACUUCCCAGUUUCCUCACUGAGGUGGCUCGGAAGGAGCUGGAAAAUCUGGACCCCCGUAUUCCUUCAUGCAGUGUCAUCUACAUCCCUCUGAUUGGCUUCCUUCUUUGUAUUCCCCGCCUGCCUUCCAUGGUGGAGACCAAUGACUUUGAGAUUGAGGGUCUGGACUUCAUGUUCCUCUCAGAGGAGAAGCUUCACUAUCGUAGUGCUCGAACCAAGGAGCUGGAUGCAUUGCUGGGGGACCUGCACUGUGACAUCCGGGACCAGGAGACCCUGCUGAUGUACCAGCUGCAGUGUCAGGUGCUGGCACGGGCAGCUGUCUUGACCCGGGUGUUGGACCUUGCCUCCCGCCUGGACGUCCUCUUGGCUCUUGCCAGUGCCGCCCGGGACUAUGGCUACUCAAGGCCCCAUUACUCCACACGGCUCCUUGGGGUACGAAUCCAGAAUGGCAGGCAUCCUCUGAUGGAACUCUGUGCCCGAACCUUCGUGCCCAACUCCGCAGAAUGCGGGGGGUACAAAGGGAGGGUCAAAGUCAUCACUGGACCCAACUCCUCAGGGAAGAGCAUAUACCUCAAACAGGUAGGCUUGAUCACAUUCAUGGCCCUGGUGGGCAGCUUUGUGCCAGCAGAGGAAGCAGAAAUCGGGGCAGUAGACGCCAUCUUCACCCGAAUCCAUAGCUGUGAAUCCAUCUCCCUUGGCCUCUCUACCUUCAUGAUCGACCUCAACCAGCAGGUGGCGAAAGCAGUGAACAAUGCCACCGAGCGGUCGCUGGUCCUUAUCGAUGAAUUCGGAAAGGGAACCAACACGGUGGAUGGGCUCGCGCUUCUGGCGGCCGUGAUCCGACACUGGCUGGCGCUUGGGCCCACGUGCCCCCACAUCUUCGUGGCCACCAACUUUCUGAGCCUCAUUCAGCUACAGCUGCUGCCACAGGGGCCCCUCGUGCAGUAUUUGAACAUGGAGACUUGUGAAGAUGGGAAUGACCUUGUCUUCUUCUAUCAGGUUUGCGAAGGUGUUGCCAAUGCCAGCCAUGCCUCCCACACAGCUGCCCAGGCUGGGCUUCCUGAGAAACUCGUUGCUCGUGGCAAGGAGGUCUCAGACUUGAUCUGCAGUGGAAAGCCCAUCAAGCCUGUCAAGGAGCUGCUAAAGGAGAAACAAAUGGAAAAUUGCCAGACGUUAGUAAACAAGUUUCUGAAACUGGAUUUGGAAGAUCCCAAUCUGGACCUGGACAUUUUCAUGAGUCAGGAAGUGCUGCCUGCUGCCACCACCAUCCUCUGAGCGUCCUUCCUGGGCUCUCCUCCAC